UACAUGCACGCGAUGUUUACCCUGCGUACAAGAAACGGCUUAUCUUUACGUUACCUGUUACAACUUGCGACCCCGCUGUUACCUAUAAAACGAUCACGUCAGACAAUCGUCUGGAGAUAGAAACGUUGUCAAGAUGAUUGCAGGAAUACUCGCCGUUUUCGUCUGCCUCCAGAUCAGUCUGGUCUUUGGUGAGUUCAGAAUGACAGACUUGACAUCUUGAUUUUAGUCAUCGGCAUUUUAAAAAAAAAUUAGUAAUUUGAUGGAAAUCUAGAAAUUGAAAGGUUCAUAACUACAGAUGACUUUGGUGUGUAAAUAGCAUGAGAAACCAUUGGAAGAGUUAUGACGGCUCAUAACUACAGAUGACUUUGGUGUGUAAAUAGCAUGAGAAAACAAUGGAUGAGUUAUGACGGCUCAUAACUACAGAUGACUUUGGUGUGUAAAUAGCACGAGAAACCAUUGGAUGAGUUAUGACGGCUCAUAACUACAGAUGACUUUGGUGUGUAAAUAGCACGAGAAACCAAUGGAUGAGUUAUGACGCGUUACAUGUUCAAUGAGAAAUCACUUCCUGGCUGCCUCCGAGUGGUAUGGAGCCAACUCUUCUCAUCUUUAGACAUUGAACUUGGUUAUAUCUUUGUGUGUUUGUCACGCCAGUCAUGGUGUUGCCCAUCAGUGUUGAAUUCGGGAGUUCACUACAAAUGUAAAUAAAUAAAAGUUUACCUUUAAAAAAAUUGUUAGAACAUCAUUGACUAUUCAAUAAAGAGAGUGAGAGCUAACGAUUAUAAUGCCACUAAUAACUCCACAAUAAUUUAUAUUUUUCAGCAAAUGAAAUGAUUCAACCGGUGAUUAUUCUAAAAAUGAAUUUUUUAUAGGCCUAUCAUUUUUAAAUUUUGGUUUUAAUUCUUGAAAUUCCCGGUUGAAUCAUGCGGUGGAGUGGCUUUGCGAUCAGAAAACGUCUCGUACCAUCCCCAGAGUGUUGGAGUUCUAGUUAUAUUUUAAGCUUGGCAAUUAUUAAAAAGACUUUUGUUUUAUCGUCGCCCCCCCCCCCAACAAACCAAAUAAAUAAAAUAAAAAGUAUUUAGCAUUAGCUUUCUUUUCUUUCCCAUAGUAAUUUUGUUACUUGGAGAAUUCAAAACGCAGGCGAGAUUUAAGGGUGGGGGGGGGGGAUAGAUCAGAUCGGAAGCAACUGCUCCCCCCCACCCCCAUGUCACCCUGUGAAGUUACCCCUAAGCUGCUCCCUGGUCAUCUCAAAGCCAAAGCAGCUGUUCCCAAAAAUUCAAUUCAUAAACUAUUGACUUCCUUGUCAAAUACUCAAAUGUAAAUCAAUAAUUCAUCAAUUAUACAAAACAUUUCUAUGCUGACAUUUAUUGUGCUGCAAUUAAAUCUCAUGAUAUACAUCAUUAGCAUGGACCGUUUUCUCAUAUGUACAAAACUAUGAAAUGUGAUCUCCUCGGAUAACAGGUUUGGUCCGACAUCAAAAUUCAGUAGCUUCAUCUAUUUGUUACUUUUUACUUAGAGAUUAUCUCAUGCUGUCUUUUCCAUUUAUGAAGAACUCAAUAAUCAUAUUUCAACUCUUAAGGAUUAGAUGUUUCAACCAUAUUGUCAUUCUAUGAAACUAAAUGAUAAAUGGAAUGAAUAAGUUGUUACACUACAUCAAUAACUAAACACAUAACUAAGCACAUAACCUACAAUACAUCAAUAACUAAGCACAUAACCUACAAUACACCAAUAAAUAAACACAUAACCUACACUACAUCAAUAACUUAGCACAUAACUAAGCACAUAACUUAGCAGAUAACUAAGCACAUAAUUAAGCACAUAACUAAGCACAUAACUAAGCACAUAACUUAGCACAUAACUUAGCACAUAACUUACACUGAAAUAUUCAUGAAUCUAAUGAGUGUCGAUUUAUUUGUUCACGCUCUAGGAGCCUGCCCCCACAUCAUCACCAGGGCCCAAUGGGGGGCCCGCGCCCCGAAGAGUGUAACCCACCUGGCUGGACCAGUCCAUUAUUCCUUCAUCCAUCAUUCAGCUGGAGCAGAGUGUCACGAUAGGGCCUCAUGCCAGGCUCAGGUCAAGAGCUUCCAGAACUACCACAUGGACACACAUGGUUAGUCCUUCACUGGAUAGUUGAUAGUUGACAUACAUAACUUUGACAUCGACCGUCACAGACACACACACAGUUAGUCAUAGAUUCGACAAAGGACACGCAGAUGCACCACAUUGACACGUAUAGUCAUAGAAUGGAAAGAUGACACACUCAACCACCACAUGGGCACACAUAGUUAGUCAUAGACUGUACAGCUGACAUACAGAUGCACCACAUUGACACGUAUAGUCAUAGAAUGGAAAGAUGACACACUAAACCACCACAUGGGCACGCAUAGUUAGUCAUAGACUGUACAGCUGACAUUCAGAUGCACCACAUUGACACGUAUAGUCAUAGAAUGGAAAGAUGACACACUCAACCACCACAUGGGCACGCAUAAUUAGUUAUAGACUGUACAGCUGGCAUACAGAUGCACCACAUUGACACGUAUAGUCAUAGAAUGGAAAGAUGACACACUCAACCAUCACAUGGGCACGCAUAGUUAGUCAUAGGCUGUACAGCUAACAUACAGAUGCACCACAUUGACACGUAUAGUCAUAUAAUGGAAAGAUGACACACUCAACCACCAUAUGGGCACGCAUAGUUAGUCAUAGACUGUACAGCUGACAUACAUAUGCACCAUAUUGACACGUAUAGUCAUAGAAUGGAAAGAUGACACACUCAACCACCACAUGGGCACGCAUAGUUAGUCAUAGACUGUACAGCUGACAUACAGAUGCACCACAUUGACACGUACAGUCAUAGAAUGGAAAGAUGACACACUCAACCACCACAUGGGCACGCAUAGUUAGUCAUAGACUGUACAGCUGACAUACAGAUGCACCACAUUGACACGUACAGUCAUAGAAUGGAAAGAUGACACACUCAACCAUCACAUGGGCACGCAUAGUUAGUCAUAGACUGUACAGCUGACAUACAUAUGCACCACAUUGACACGUACAGUCAUAGAAUGGAAAGAUGACACACUCAACCACCACAUGGGCACGCAUAGUUAGUCAUAGACUGUACAGCUGACAUACAGAUGCACCACAUUGACACGUACAGUCAUAGAAUGGAAGGAUGACACACUCAACCACCACAUGGGCACGCAUAGUUAGUCAUAGACUGUACAGCUGACAUACAGAUGCACCACAUUGACACGUAUAGUCAUAGAAUGGAAAGAUGACACACUCAACCACCACAUGGGCACGCAUAGUUAGUCAUAGACUGUACGGUUGACAUACAGAGGCACCACAAUGACUAGUCACACACUGGACAGAUGUCAUACAGUAACACCAUUUGUACACGGAUGGUUAGUCAUAGAAUGGACCGGUGGCGCAUGACGUCACUCCAAAAAAAUUGAAAUGACCAUGUACAAGAAGGAGGAACAUGUACUUAGAUAAACGUAUUUUGUUUCCCUUCCAGGUUGGUCUGACAUCGGCUACACCUUCAUCAUCGGUGGGGACGGCUCUGUGUUUGAGGGGCGUGGCUGGAACGUUGUUGGUGCUCACACUUUGAACUACAACAGUGUUGGAUAUGGUAGGUGGUCAUCUGAUUAAUGGGUGGGGUACAGUGACCGUGGGGGACAGGCUUCUUGUUACUUUCACACGGUAGCUGUAUAAAACCUGAGUCUUGUGCCAUAAAGGUUUGUUAAGUUAAAUAUAGUGUACAAAUAUAAUAUAAUAGGAAAAAUUAGGGAGAAAUACAGGGGUACAUUAUAAGAUAAUGAAUUAUAGCUGUCCUUAUAUUAGGGUACAUUAUAAGAUGAUGAAUUAUAGCUGUCCUUAUAUUAGGAUACAUUAUAAGAUGAUGAAUUAUAGCUGUCCUUAUAUUAGGGUACAUUUUCAUGAUGAUAAAUUGAAAAAAAAAAAGUGUCUCUAUAACAGGGUGAAUUUUUAAGAUUACACAUUAAAACUGUCAAUACAUAAAAUAAAUUAUAAAAUGAGAUUACAACCAUCUCAAUAUUAGAGUACAUUAUAAGAUGACAUUAGAACCAUCUGAAUAUUAAAGUACAUUAAAAGAUGUCAUUAGAAGCAUCUCAAUAUUAGAGUACAUUAUAAGAUGACAUUAGAACCGCCUCUACGACCGAUGUCUUCCGUUCCAGGCUAUUGUUUCAUCGGUACGUUCACCAGCCACGUGCCAACAGCAGCGGCUCAGCAGGCCGUGAAGGACCUGAUCGCCUGCGGUGUGGCCGCUGGCAAGAUCCAAUCAGCUUACGUCCUCAGAGGUCACAGAGACAUGGGCAGCACCGAGUGCCCCGGCACUGCCUUUUGGCACCUCAUUAAGACGUGGCCCCAUUAUUAAACGAACAUUUGUAACUAUGAACAGGAAUUCAAUGACCCCUGCUGAUCUGGGACAAGGAGCGGCGUAUGUUGAACUGUCUUGACAUAGAUAAACGUAUUUUCAGACCACUAGAA